AUGGCAAUCUUUGGAUAUCAAAACAAUUUUAGUAGUAUAAAUGUUCAAAACUUACAAAAAUUCGCUUUAUUUCGAUACUUUCUUAUACCUUUUGCUAUCUUUUUGACAGUGGUCCCCACGGGAAUCCUUUCACUUACACAACAAUAUCAACAAAAUCAAAAUGUCGUAACAUUUACAACAAUCAUAUCGUCACGAGAAGAAUUAUUUCAAGAAAAGAUAGGUGACACUUCGGGUGGUAUAGUGUUAAUUCCAAACCUAACUUUAAGCGGUGACUUUAUUUCUGCAUUUUUGAUCGUAUUCACAGGGCUACAAAUCCUUUCCGCUAUUCACAGUGUGGUGUUUAUAGAUCAAUGGAUUUUUGAAAUUUUAAGUGGCUCAUGGCAAAAAGCGUAUUUGUUCGAUUCCGAAUUGAUAAAAGAAAUUCAAUAUGAGUUUUCAUGUAAGGGAUACGCUUCGGUUGAUGAUCGAUCUGCGAAUAUGCCUUAUCGAUUUGAUGAAUGUUGUAGUGAAAUGUUGAAAAAUCGAUUUGGUGCACAAUUAUUUGAUGUAGCUAAAAUUGUAUUAUUGGCACGAUUUAUUCAGUUAAUUGGGGUUCUAAUACACGCUCAUAUAUUCAACCGGGUUAUAAUACACGAUAUCAUGAUGAUGUAUGCGGAGGAAUGUGAAGAUCAUUUUUAUGACGAAAAAGAACAACAUUGUAUAUCGAAUUCGUCAAAUUAUUCGGAGGAAGACAACAACGAUGGUUGGAUAAGUUCUCCAACUACUUCGUUACUACUUUCAAAGAUUUAUUUUGGACAAAUGUCUUGA